CAAGCAGCAUUCCAUCACAGUGUAAAGAUGUUCCGUCAAUCGAUCGUUGUCCUGGCUUUGUUUGGAGCUGUUCUAGCUCUGGAGCAUCACGGAUUCGUCAGCGAAGUGAAACACGUUCCUUACAAAUGGCUGGGAGGAAUGAUGCAACAGGAUGGCUACAAAGGAGCAGUUGAGGGUGGCCUGGGAGGAAGUCAACAGGGUGGUAAGGACUAUUACGCCUAUCCCAAGUACAAGUUCGAGUACGGUGUGAAGGACUAUAAAACGGGAGAUCACAAGAGCCAGUGGGAGAUGCGUGAUGGCGAUGUCGUCAAGGGUGAAUACACUCUGGAUGAAGCUGAUGGAACCAAACGGAUUGUGUCCUACCGUGCCGAUGAUAAGCACGGGUUCGAAGCCAAGGUGCAGAACAUCGGGCACCCCCAUCAGCAAAUGAAGAAGUUCACUUAGGUUGAGAUACGUGAAAACAAAUAAUGGUGACCGAUUCUCCGCUCAAACAUGGUUUUUUCGAUGGUCCUAAAAUUAGUUUUAGUUGGACGAAACUUCUAAUGAACAGCUGUGAUCUUAAUA